CCCACUUCUCAGUCUGACAUUUUUUUCUGUCAGACUGAGAUGGUCGGAAACAGGGCCAAAUCCUGUCGAAUUUGGCCCCAUUUCACUCAAAAGUACAUGAAUCGGCAGCUAUACCGCCGAUUCACGUACUAUUCGACAAAUCGAAUACCACGACUUGUCGAAUAAAAACUGCAGGGAUUAAAUAGGUUGAAUCACGAUUCGACCUUAAAAAGUCGAAAACUGCCGUCUUUUCCACAGACGGCAGUUUUCGACCCUAAUUGAAUAUACCCCAAAAUCUAAAAAGAGUGCAAGAAGGUGCAGAUAAGGGGGGGAUCUAAUUGCCUGUAAAUCUGCUGUGAUGGCAAUAAUUUAAAAGGCAAAACCAGGCUGGACUUUAAAACUAUGACAACAAAAAAACACCAGGCAGGAUGGCUGCUCACUAUAUAAAAGAUGAAUCCAGAUUUACAAGGUCGCUGUUUCUAUAACAUUCUGCAUCCAGGACUCCAACCAGAUCAUCCACAAUCAAAGGAAUUUCAAAGGUCAAAAGCAAUUAAAUGUGAGCGGCUAUCCUACGCGUUUCAUUGCUAUGACAUCCUUUUUGUUAUACAAAUAAAUACUUAUACAGUAUACAGUUACAUGGCACAAACAUGAGUAGGUAGACCCAGGGGCCAAGGCAGCUGUGUAUUGAGAGAGGAGGAGGCCCGGGUGCAGCCUUCUCCGUUCGGGGCCCCUACUCUCUGCCGGCAGCGGGGAGAGUCUGAGCACUAGAGCGCUCAGACUCUACUGAGCAAGCGCAGAUCCCCGGGAAAAUGGCGCUGUGGCCAUUUCCCCUGAGAUUUCUCUGCUGCGCAUGUGCAGAACUCCGUAAAAAUGGCAGCUGGGCCAUUUUCACGGAGUUUUAACACCGCCGUGGACGUCGCCGCGGGACUCCGAAGGGCUGAGUAUUCACAAAAUGGGUGCAGUGUGUGCGGUGUGGGCCCCCUCUGGACUAAGGGGCCCGUGUGCACCACAAACUGCACCCAUUAUAGAAACGCCAGUGGGCCAAGGUACCACAGUUGGAACCCUAACCAUGUGGGUGUGGUAUGUUAGGUAGAUAAGACUUAGAUCCACAGUGUCUAGGUCGACCACUAUUGGUCGACAGUAAGUAGGUUGACAUAGUGUCUAGGUCGACAUGAGAAAAGGUUGACAUAAGUUUUUUUUUUUGGUGUAGUUUUCGCCGUACAGUGACCCGGACCCCCAAUUAGUGCACCAUGGGGGUCAUUCCGACUCGAUCACUCGCUGCAGUUUGUUGCAGCGCAGCGAUUGGGUUGCAACUGCGCAUGCACCGGCACCGCAGUGCGCCGGCGCAUGGCAGUUUUCGUUGCCUAGCGAUUGCCUCUGAGACAGAGGAGGUCACUGGGCGAGAGGGGGCUAAACAGCGGCGUUAAGCCGACAUUUUGGUUGGAGCGGUCCGGCCAAUGCAGGUGUGGCCGGACUGUUGGGGGGGCAGGCCGCGGUGGCUGCGUGACAUCUCACGCAGCCGCUUCAGCCAGUGGCAGCGACAAUUAACUCCCGGCCAGCCGCAGGAGCUGCGCUGGCCGGGAGUUACUCCUCAAAUACAAAGACAUCGCCGCUGUGCAAUGCUUUUGUAUUUGUACGGAGGGGGGGUGGCGGCACUGACAUCCGUGUUCCCUCGCAUGGUGAGCGAUUGGGCAAGGUGCCUCGCUCCACUACUGCUGUGCUCGGCAGAGGUUACCAUUCCCGAUUGUAAUCCAAGUGGAUCGUAAAGUAUGAAAAAGUUUAAAAAAAUGAAGAAUUUUUUUUAAAAAAAAUUCACGUCGACCUUUUGUCAUGCCGACCUAGAACAUGUCGACCUAGAGUCCCUGUUGACCUAGAAACCCUGUCGACCUACUUACUGUCGACCAAUAGUGGUUGAACUAGACAGUGUCAACCUACUUACUGUCUACCUAAAGACCGGAUCCCAACCAUGUAAUCGCAGACUCUGUAAGAAAAAAAUUAUUUCCAACAUACUGUAUCCUCGUUUCACUAUUCUUUCUUGUGCAAUUGCAGGUUUUUCUCUGACAUGUAAGCUAUGCUUGGGCGUUAAUUUCUUCUCCUGUACCGGAGAAACCAUGCAGUGUGACGCAGAUCAGGCUUGUGGCGUUGUCCGUACAGCAUCUAUAGCAAAUGGGGUCACAGUACGUGAUAUCUAUGCCUGGUCUUGUGUGCCUAAUGAGGAGUGUAACACUAAAGGAUCUCUCAGCAUUCCCGACAGCAAAAUAAAGGUCGCCACCACCUGUUGUUACACUGAUAACUGCACUCCAUCAACACCUACACUAUCCGCCGAUAGCUCCCAGCCCAAUGGUCUGACCUGUCGGACGUGUCUCUCUGCUGAUUCUGACUAUUGUUACACUGAGGACACCGUAAAAUGUAAUGGAGAUGAAAAUAUGUGUAUUCUCCAACGUAACACUAUUAUUGAAGCUAAAACAAAGCGCUCUGUGGUUAUACGGGGAUGUGCCACUAAAAGUUACUGCUCUAUGGGCUCCAGUUCUGCAAGCGAUGGGGACCUGGAAGUACACAUGGCAAUUACAUGUAAAGAAAUGCAAACAUAGCCAACGUUAUUUAUCACUGUGCUGUAAUAUUUUGUUGGAAAUAUUUAGGUCCUGUCUUGAAAGUGAAACAUAGAAUGUGACGGCAGAUAUGAACGACUUGGCCCAUCUAGUCUGCUCAUGUACACACACACACACACACACACACACACACACACACACACACACACACACACACACACACACACUUACACACUAGGGUUCAUUUUUGUUAGGAGUCAAUUAACCUACCAGUAUAUUUUUGGAUUGUGGGAGAAAACUGGAGUACCCAGAGGAAACCCACUCAAGCACAUGGAAGCAUACACAAACUCAACACCAGGGCACCCAAGAGAGGGGGGCAUUACUCCCAUGGGGCCUUGCCCCCCCCCCCCACCACCACCCGUCGUACCAGCACCCCCCAGCUCCAUGCGCUGUGCGCCUCCCCCUCCUAACGAGAAGACUUCAGGCUGCUGGGGAAGGAGGGAUUCAUGCUGCCAGGGGAGGAGUGCGGCUGUGCAUGCGGCUUCCUCCCCUUUCCUCUCAGGCACCACAGUCGGGGACUGAGUCAUGCAACCGCCAACUUUUGCUGCUGCUGCCGGCGGCAGAAGCUGGAGAGUGGCGACAGAGUGGUGGAGAGCUCCGGCUGGGGAGACCCUUAAGACAGGGGGGCCCGGGGUACUGACCCCCUUGCCCCCCCCCCCAUCCCCAUUAAUUCGGCUCUGCUCCACUCAGUUAGGGCCAUGGUGGGAAACAAAACCAUGACAUUGGUGCUCUGAGGCAGUAAUACUAACUAAGAGGGGUCUAAUCUUUCAAAUGAUGUUCCCCAUUAGUACUUAUUGGUCCUAAUCCAUGUUUGCACACAAUGCCGAUGUUCAUGCAACUGAGCGAUUAUCAGCAGACUGCGAUCGCACUAUGCAUGUGGAAAGGUGCCUUUUGAGAUUGCGCUUGUAGUGAGGAUUUCAUCGCAGUGAUUGACAAGAAGUGACUGUGGGAUCUAUUUACUAAGCCUUGGAUGGAAAUAAAGCCGCUGGAGAUAAAUUGGCUCCUAACUGUCAUUUUUCAAACACAGCCUGUGACAUAGCAGUCAGGAGCCGAUUGGCUGGUACUUUAUCCCCAGCGACUUUAUCUCAUCCAAGGCUUAGUAAAUAGACCCCUGUGGGUUGUAAGGGGUAGUGCCAGCAAAAAAUCAGGUAUUUAUAUGCCGUCGGCUGUGAUCAUGGCUCCUGUGUUGCUACUGCCAUGACCAGUCUGCGUAGCCAUGGGCACACCCUAGCAGUCGAUGUUCCUCAUCAUUGUGUAUAGGCUGCGUAUGUCUAUGCAGUUGUGAAUGAGUUUGUGAUAGCUCCAGUGAGCGUCUAGCUUCUUUGCCGGCGCUGAAACUUCACUUGCUUAAAAAAAUCGCAAUUGCAAAUGCAGUGAGGGGGUAAUUCAGAGUAGA